AGCUACCCAUUUACGUCACUGUCGCACAAAACUACAACAACGCUUUACGGUUAUUUUCAAAAUUCGACAUGGCAUCUUCAUUGAUUUGCAGCGAAACUCAGAGCAGAGUGAGUUCAGUGCUGAACAGAGAUGUGAAGCAGUAUGGAAAGAAGUACAUGUUUGACUGCAACGAAGAGACAUGCUGGAACUCAGACCAGGGUGAAUGUCAGUGGGUGUCUCUGGAGUUCCCCAAAUCUGUCAAGGUGUCAGAGUUAAAGGUCCAGUUCCAGGGAGGCUUCUCAGCAAAAACAUGCAGACUACACGGUUGCCCAAAAGAUGGAGCCUUUACAGAGAUCAGCGAUUUUUAUCCAGAGGACGACAACUCUCUUCAGAACUUUCCCAUACAGGAGGCCCCUGCUGUGAACAAAGUAAAAAUAAUGUUUGAGAAUAGUGCCGACUUUUUUGGGAGAAUUAUUGUUUAUUCCUUGGACGUCCUGGGGGAAAAAGCCUCGUGACCAUUUUUUUUAAUACUCUCGUGAGAGAGGAAAUGAUUCCUGAGUAACGUACAGGAUGCAGGAUGGUGUGGUGGCACUUGGGAAACUUGUAGUCUGUGCUGCCACCUCAUAAACUGAUGUGAAUGUGGCCUUUUUUGGAUCUAUCAAGCCAUCUCACUCUUCAUAACUCAAACACAGAAGGCUUGAAUCCGUUUUAAUUGCAGAUCGAGUGGGUUUCUUUUGAUUUAUAAGAGCACUUGUAAUCAUGCUCUCUGUACUUAUAUUGUGCCUUUUUAAUAAAGCCUCAUUCCAGUGGAAUGUAUACACAGUAUAAAAAUAAAUUUUUAAUAAAACUUCUUCAGUCCUUUUUUGCUGUCAUUCAGCCAAACAAAAAUAAUUCUGCUGCACAACAUAUCAUUUUGUCCUUGUUUGUACAAGGUUUUUGUACAUUGUAAUGCAUACAAAACAAACAUGUGGAAUAAACUAUUUAUAAAAUAA